CCAUUAUUCCUACGAGAAAUCAACAUGCUAAACUGAAUAAUUAACAUAAUUACACUAAUUAACGUUUUAAAAUAAAUAUUCUAUGGCACGCAUAUUAACUUACGAAUUUUAACUAGUGAGUUCGCAAGGCGUAUCCACAUAGAACGAAUUCUCACGACUGCAGCUGUUUCGAAAUAUUAAUUUUCAAAGUGUCUACGAAACGCAUAGGUGUUCGGGUGAUGUAAUUUUUUCUUGAGUGAAACCGUAAGCCCUGUUGGAUUUGUACCUCAUUCUAGAUUAAUUUUUUUUUUCAUUUUUGUACUUGCCAAUUCAUGACUAUUCAUUCUUAUAGCUAUUUAUUCCUCUAAUUGUAACAUUGCAAUCACGCCUUUCAACAGCGUUUACUCUAUAUAGCAGUCCUCAAAAUGAAUUUAUUUCUGAUUAUUAGUUGGAAUAUUCUCCCCAUUUCUUGGCCAUUCCCAAUACCCAAUUACAGUGGGUACGAGCCACACACUCCGUGGACAACACUGACAACGACACGUUCGCCUGGCGUUCCGAAUAUCCAAAUUCAUCGCAGCGCUUCGCGACUGCUGGAGGCACUCCCUGCAACCGCUUGGCUGUUCCUGAUCGUAGCCACUGGUCGAGCAGCACCCAAGCGGAAUCGGCCUAACACACGCGGCGCCAUGGCCGACAUAUUCAAGGGCAAGUCUUUGAUCAAGAAGGACGGCAAGUCGUUUCCGGCCGAGCCGGCGCUGCGCGACAAGCAGCUCAUCUGCCUCUACUUCGCCGCGCAGUGGUGUCCGCCGUGCCGCAUGUUCACACCCGUCCUGGCCAACGUCUACAAGGACGCGAAGGAGGAUAACCUGGCCAUCGAGGUGGUGUUCGUUUCUUCCGACCGGACCAAGCAGGACAUGCUCAACUACAUGCGAUCAUCCCACGGUGACUGGUACGGUCUGCCUUUCGACGAUCCGCUUCAGAGCGAACUAGAAGAGCGCUUCAAGGUAGCCGGCGUCCCCACGCUGCUGGUGAUGAAGCCUGACGGAACCGUGGUCUGCCCCAAUGGCAAGAAGCUGGUGCAGGAACGGGGAGUGCAGGCGUUCCGCGAUUGGCUCAGCCACUGAGACGCCAUCUACCGUUUGCAGAGACCCACCUUGCCGCUCGCUAUCUGAAGACUCUGCGCUGGGUUAUGGGGCAAGAGCCGUAGGAAACAAGGCCUCGAGCACGCGAAAAAGCUCCACUGCUUGCUACUGAAAAAUUAAUCUCACACGUCGCCUCUUCUCGCCUGUGAACUUCUACGGUAAUGUCCUUCUCCUCCAGGGCACAGGAGCUUUAAGCGCAUCUGAAGUAGAGUGCUAAGUGUCGCCAUCAUUGGGAAGCGGAGACAAAACAGCGACCGAUGAUCAUUACGCUUGUUUUGAACCUCAUCAGUGUAGGUUGUUACUUUGUUACAUUCUUUCGAUAUAGAAGCCCUUGACCACUUCUUGCUGCAAUGUUGUGAACGAAGAAUGUCUUGGCUACUCCAGUCAGCCUGCUCCGUUUUCUUACAAACGAGCUCACGGACAUCUCUCCAGAAAGUACAGCGAAAUCCCAUGCGCGCAUGCACGCACUUGUGUUCGGCGAGUGCAUUUCUUACCCAGAGAUAUUUUGA